UUUAAGACUAAAGGGACUCAUGCUUUUAUUGUCGUAGCUGAAACAAUAUGGGACAAAACUCUCCCUCAGCAUCCGAUCAGUUGAGUGACUGUCCCAAAUAGUUUGUGGUCUUUGUCGCCCUCUGGUGGACUAAGCGCUGUGGGCGGAGAGGGCUGCAGGUCCGGUUGUUAUGGUGAAGCAUUCCCCCUGAGGGCUGGCUGGAGCAGGAGUAGAGGACAGCAGCUGAUUCAGUUUCACAGCCGCGGACCUGCACAGGAGCCACCGCUGACACUCAGCUCAACAGCUGCAGACAGAAACAGUGUCAUUGAGCAACGAGUCACCAAAGCCAUCACACCAAACGUUCACAUUUUGAAGACCUGCCAAAAAGUGAAUCAACAACUACAGCACUCAUCACCAGGAGAUAUUUGAAUGCUGUCACUCACCAUUACUUGAAGUAGACCUUGUGUGAAUCCAGUAAUGUUCCUUUUUAUUGUCACUGCUUAAACUCUGUGCUUCUUCUUUUGUGGAUUUAUUUUCACCAUGGAUUGUCAUAAACUUGCUGCUCUUUUGGAUCCAAGUCCUGGAUACACUUGCCAAGACUGUGAAUUAAAAGCUAGAAUGUAGCAUCUGACCUGGAGAGGUGUGUAACUCUGCCUUAUAAGCAUCACAAAUUCCCUUUUGGUCUAGCUUGCCCUCAGUGGAUCAUCGGCCAAGUUACCCAGAGUGGACAUGGAUGGGAGGACUGACAGUUGGUUACAACCCACAGCUUGGAUGCUUGUGUUUUGGACACCUUUCUCUCGCCUUUUUUCCUUGGCAAGAUAAAAUUUGUUAUAUAAAAAAUGGGAAAGAGACAUUGCAACAAUCUUAUGUGUUGCUUACUUGUGAAGUCAUGGAGAUAUCUCCUGAUGGUACAGAAUAAGUUGUUUUGAUUCAACAUUAAUCAGACAUUGUUGCUGCUUUCUUUCUUUUUUUUUUUUUUUCAUGAAAACAUAUUUUCACAGCAUCUUGUUGUGCUCUCCCACAGGCGUAGGCCUGUUUGGCCUGACAAAAGGGCCUCUUUGAGGGGCACAAAGGAGGCAUAUGAGAAAUUUGGAAGCUGGAAACUUUGAUUUAACAUCUUUGUGGAUUAAAAUAAACAAACAGGGAUAAAGACAUUUGUGGUGGCAUGGCAGCAGAUCACGGCGAGCUGCUGGCUGAAAUGGCCACGGUUGGGCGUCUGAGUGCCACUGAACGCCUGAAGCACGCCCAGAAGCGGCGAGCUCAGCAACUGAAGGCUUGGGUCCAGAUGGAGAAGGAUGCCGCGCGGGGGUCAAGGGCCAAAGCAGAUAAGAAGAAAGCGCGCACCACCAAAGUGACAUUCCCCAACUCCAUCACCCUGCUAGAUGCAGCUGCCCGCAAUGACCUGGAGGAGGUGAGGGAGCUGCUUAACAGUGGCGUCAGCCCAGAUCUGGUCAACGAGGAUGGACUGACAGCCCUACAUCAGUGUUGCAUUGAUGACUUUGUGGAGAUAGUGCAGUGCCUGUUGGAUGCUGGUGCCUGUGUGAAUGCCUGCGAUAGUGAGUUAUGGACUCCGCUGCACGCUGCUGCCACCUGUGGGCACACUGGCCUGGUGCAACUCCUGAUCCAGGCUGGGGCUGACCUGCUGGCUGUCAAUGCAGACGGCAACAUGCCCUAUGACCUCUGUGAGGACGAGGCCACCCUUGAGCUGCUGGAGAUGGUUAUGGCUGAACAGGGGGUUACUCAGGAACGUAUAGAUGAAUGCAGAGGGGCUAAAGAGGCAGCCAUGCUGGCUGACAUUCGGGCUCUGGUUCAGAGCGGAGCAGACUUAAACACUCAGGAUGAUAAUGGAGCAACACUGCUCCACAUAGCAUCUGCUAAUGGCUACAUAUCUGUAGCGGAGCUGUUGCUAGAGAACAGGGCUCAGGUGGAGGUGAAGGACUCUGAUGGCUGGACACCGCUACAUGCUGCCUCCUGCUGGGGACAAAUCCAAAUGGUGGAACUACUGGUUGCCCAUGGAGCCAGUCUAGACACCAAGUCUGUCCUGGAGGAGACACCUCUGGAUGUCUGUAUGGAUGAGGAGGUGAGAGCCAAAUUAAUGGACCUAAAACACAAACAUGAUGCCAUCAUGAAGAGCCAGGACCGACAGAAGGGCACACUGCAAAGACGAGCGUCCAGCACCGGCAGCCGAGGUAAGGUGGUGCGUCGUGUCAGUGUGAAUGAGCGUUCCAGUCUGUACCGACGGGAGCACCACAAAGAGGCCAUGGUGUGGCAGGAGCGUGGCCGACAGCCUGAUCCACAAGACGAUGAUGAGGACAGACAAACAGACAAUGAGCUGCACCAGCAUGCCACCAUGGUUGCUGGUGGUACAGCAACAUCUCGUUUAGAGGAACUGGAGGCUGCAGACAGGAAAAUAGUGUCCAACCUAGGAAAUGGAGGGACAUCAGUAUCCCUGGCCGCCUCUGUGCCUGGAGAGCUGUGGAGUGGUGGAGGUCGCAUGGAGCGCAGCGCCUCGUACCAGCUCAGCUCUGCAUCUGGAGCUGGGAUGGGGUCUGGGUCUGCAGAGGGCGAGGGGGCAGACAGUAUGACUCGAGAGAAAUCACACCACACGCUGGCCGACCUGAAACGCCAGCGGGCGGCUGCCAAGCUCAACAAAUACCCUGCACCUCCACCACCCCUGCCCCCUGCCUUAGAGGAGGAGCCUGCUGUUGCAGCAGCCGAGGUAACAACCACUCAGGCCCAGCCAGAGCUCCAAAUGACUCCCAGUGAGGAGCAGGAGGCCUCCCCAAGCCAGGUGUAUUUCACCCCAGCCAGUGGAGAUCCUCCUCUGCUGAAACUCCGAGCCCCCGAGGAGGACCAGGCUAACAAGGAGCCUUGCUGUGGACUCAUGUAGAAAGCCUGACAAACUCCUACAUAUGCACACACACAUACUGCCUACAUAGUAAAGGAGCUAGGCAUGUUACACUCCAAAGUGGCAAAUACAUUUUAAGACAUGUUUGAAAUUAUUCACUGAAGACUGUAAGUUAAGGCCACAUGCCAAUGAGGGUUUGAUCUAAACUGCAUUUCAGACAACUAAAGUGCAAUCUAUGUGCUUAUCUCUCUGUGCUUCUCUUUUUUAAUCAGUAUGAUACACUUUACACUUUAUGGUAAAGGUCCCAGCAUCCCCUGAUGCUGCCUCUUAAUUAGAGGCUGCAUGAUCUGAUGGAAUUAUGUGAGGCUUUGGGUGUCCAUCUAGUCACUUGGAGGAAAACGUUUCAGUGUUUCAGAAGCAAUGUUCUACUUUACUCAGCCUUUAUGAUCUUUACUUUACUCAUGUCUUACUUAACUACUCAAGUAAAUUCAUUGAAAAGCCUUAGAAUCAUAUGAAAGUUGGGUUGUCCAUGUAGAUCUGAAUGAAAUUGAAUUGAUUUAUUUUGAAUUAAGAAUGAGUGAAUGAGGUUUAAGUUCUGUUUUCUUUGCUGAGUGACUGCUAUGAAGGGUACGUUUUCUACAUUGGGAUACAUUCACAUUAUAAGGAAGAGAUUUUUAUGGUUGGGAGAUUGCUUAGUCAUGAUAGUUUGAAUUUACCUAAUAAUUUUUGAUUUACAUUUACACAAGGACUGUUUCCUUGCUUGAUUUCUUUUUCUCUUGGACUGAAAAUGGACUGAAUAGUUUUCUUGUGUUACUUUCCCAGUGCACACAAGUCCUAAAUUUCAAUAUGUGUAAUUGUGCAAUUUCUAAAUUGAAUUCUCUCUCUCUAUUUCUUUUUUUCUACCCUCUGAAUUGAAUCACAUUAUUUAUUCUAUCUGAUUCUAAAUAUGGUUCACAGUGUACAGUUAUUGUACCAUUUUUUAAAGAUAAAUAUGAUUCUAUAAAGUAUAUAAGUGUGAGGGCAAGAUUUCUUUUGUGCUAACAGAACCUUUGAAGAGAUGGUUGGUAGUUUUAUUGUCAAACCAAGUACACUUGUUAAAUGAUACUUUAUCAAAGUUGGUGCCUUCUUUAGGUGGCAGACUUGAUAUAGGUUUGCAAUACUUGCACAUGUAAAUUUGGUGAGUAGUGGGAUUAAAUAAUCUAUCAGAUAUAAACAAUUUGAUGUACUGUCAAUGCACUCAAAUUUCUGUAUUGCAUUUCAGUUUUUUUGUUAGUGAUUUUUACUGAGCCCUGUUUAGAAAAACAAAACAUAAAAAUGUGUUUUUGCAAAUGAUUUUUGUAUUUUUUUUCUAAAUGCAAGUGUUCUUAUUCAAUGGAUAUGGACACAAUGACUGUUUAUGUCUAGUUACUGUUUUAAGGGAGGGAAAUCGGAUGAACGUGUUUGCAAUGAAACAUUGAACUGCAACUUA